AUGCUUCUGGCCACAGUCCUCAUCUCUGCCUUGCUGCUCUGCUCUGCGGCCAGCCAGCGGUGCUCCACUUCUGCGGGAAUCAGGGAUAUCAACUACCUCAUCAACAAUCUGCAGAAGGAUCCACUGUCCACGUGCAGCUGCAGGGCCAAUGUGACUAGUUGUUUGUGCCUGCCCAUCCCUUCUGACAACUGCACCACUCCAUGCUUCCAGGAGGGGCUGUCACAGAUGACCAACAUCACACAGAAAACAAAAUUCUCGCUGAUCUUCAAUCGGGUGAAAAAAACAGUUGAAGUCCUAAAGAACAACAAGUGUCUGUUCUUUUCCUGUGAACAGCCAUGCAACCAAACUACAGCAGGGAACAUGGUGACAUUUCUGAGGCACCUGCUGGAACCUUUCCAGAAAGAAAUGAUAAAGGGGAUGAGAACCCGAGUAUGAAGAUGACUUAUUAUUUAUUCUAUUUAUUGAGUUUUAAAAAGCCUUC